AUGGCUUCGAAGAUCAUUGUUCUUGGAGGCGUAAACUGCCAAUUGCAAGCAGUGUUUACAAAGCUGGCCAAAUUGCAGGUCAAACAAAACUUUGCCUUUGCAAUUGUCGUCGGAAAUCUCUUCGGUGAUUGCUCAACGGAGAGUGAGCUCGACGAGAUCUCUGCUUUACUCCAGGGGAACAUCAAUGUCCCCCUCCCAACGUAUUUCACAAUUGGUGAUUUGCCGCUUCCAACUCGGAUAGUAGAAAGGAUCGAAGCCAACGAUGAAGUGUGCCCGAAUCUGUACUUCCUUGGCAAGCGAGGUACGCUGAAGACUUCGGAGGGAAUCCGCAUUGCUGCCCUUGGUGGCAAGUUAGCAAGUGCAGAUUCACACAAGCCCGAAAGUAAUGCUAGUGGCAAAUUUCAAUCAACAUAUGGCGAAUCUGAUGCCCGUGCGCUUUUCGGCACACACAGCGCCGAUAUUCUUAUCACGAACCAAUGGCCCAAGGGGAUUCGAGUUGGCUCAAAAGCACCCUUGCCAGAAGACCAGAGCGUUUUAACGGCCGAAGUACAGUGUGUGGCUGAUAUCUGUGCCACUCUAAAACCUCGCUACCAUUUCUCUGCAUCCGACCCAUUCUUCUAUGAACGAGAGCCAUUCUUCCACAUGCCGACAGAAGACAGCCCUGAUGUUAAGCCAUUAACGCGCUUCAUCUCCAUGGCAUCAUUCCAGUCGAAGCAGAAAUCAAUGUACGCCUUCUCGCUAGAUCCACAGGCUGCACCGCCACUCACAGUUCCGGCGGGUGCAACUGCAUCCCCUUUGUCCGCUCCUCAAUCUAAGCGCAAAGGACUUCCUACUCAGCGGGAAUCAUUUCAGCGCUUUGCGCCAACGGAUGGUGACAGUCACCGCCCACACAAACGUCAGCGCGAGCGUGCUCCUCCUCCGGGCCCGGACCAAUGCUUCUUUUGUCUCUCCAACCCCAACAUCGCCACACAUCUCAUCACUUCUAUCGGUGACGAAAGCUAUCUCACAACAGCUAAGGGUCCCCUGCCACCAACUGAUUUCUUCUCUUCUCUCGGCUUCCCUGGCCACAUGCUCAUUAUUCCAUUCUCUCACUCCCCAACGCUAAAUUCAAUUCAAGACCCGGAAUCCCGUGCAUCUACCUACAACGAGAUGCAGCGUUACCGCACAGCCUUGCACAAAAUGGUCACAGACCGCUCAGGUGGCAAGCUCGGUGCUGUAACGUGGGAAGUUAGUCGCACAAAUGGAAUACAUACACACUGGCAAUUCCUCCCUGUUCCAAUCGAUCUGAUCCGUGAUGGGCUUGUCGACGCCGCUUUCAAAGUCGAAGCUGAAAAUCUCAAAUACCCCCGUUUUUCUACCAUCCCAGUAUCAGAAUCAAAGGGCGCGGAAGAGGCAGGCGAUUUUUUCCGACUGUGGAUCUGGAACUCGGUGGACACAGAUGGGUCUGCAGAGGCUGGUGCAGCGUCGAGUGAAGAGAAAAUGCUCAUGCUGGAGCUAUCGCAAGACUUCCGGUUUGAUCUCCAGUUCGGUCGUCGCGUGAUGGCCAAGCUACUGGAGCUGGAUAAGCGAAUGAACUGGAGGGAUGCAACCCAGACUAUUCAGGAAGAAGAGGCUGAUAGCGCGGCGUUCAAGGAAGCGUUCCAGAAGCAUGACUUUGCUCUGGAGUAA